ACGCUUAGUUUCGUAGAUGAAUCAAUAAUAUCGGAUUCGAUCGGAAAACGGAUCACACUUACUCGGCUCUCAAAAUGGUAUUUACUUAACAAAAACAUGAAGGGUAGUCCAGUUGGGAAAUUAAAGAACAAAACUAUGCUUUUUCUUUGAGAACACAAUAAGAAAGGGAUACAUGGUGCUCAAGGUACAUACUGAUUUCAGGAUAAAAUCUGAAGAUUUUUUUUUAUAUAUUUGAUUUGUGAAGACUAAAAACGUUAAAGAUAGAUACUAUAAAGCUGGAUUUUUUACACCUCAUUUGUGGGAGAGCGAGAAAGGGGUUAAAGGAAAGAUUUGGAAAGUGCAUCAGUAUGGAAGAAAAUGAUCCUAGCAACAGCGAAGCACAACGCCAAGAAUCGGGCGAUGAGUCAAACAGAGCGAUCGUUCCCUUUCUGCAAGCGCCGGAGAACCUGCUUCCACACAGAAUUACCAACUUUUUUAUCGAUAAUAUUUUACGACCUGAUUUCGGGCGCAGAAAAGACGGGACAUUUAAUCGCGAUGAAAGUAAUUUUGCGAGCAGGGACAAUACCAUCCAUUCGGUGCCAGAAAUCGGGCACGGAGGAGGGACGGGUGCAGAAGAAGGAACUUCGAAACCUCCUUCAGUCGGCGGUGCAAAGAAAAGUGAUUCUGUCAUCGACGAGCCUCUUAAAGUGCAGGGAGAAACUGGAGAUCAGUGCCUGAGCUCGGACUCGGAUAGUUCCCAAGCCAGCUGUACCCCGUUGUCCCAGCCACUGCUAUGGCCAGCCUGGGUUUACUGCACCAGGUAUUCCGACAGGCCUUCAUCAGGACCAAGAUCUCGUAAACCAAAGAAGAAAACUGCCAAGGAGGACAAGCGGCCAAGGACAGCAUUCACAGCCGAGCAGCUUCAAAGACUUAAAACGGAAUUUCAGACGAACCGGUACCUGACGGAGCAGAGGAGGCAAACUCUGGCGCAAGAACUCGGUCUUAACGAGUCGCAGAUCAAAAUCUGGUUUCAAAACAAGAGAGCCAAAAUCAAAAAAGCAACUGCGAAUAAAAACUCACUGGCCUUGCAAUUAAUGGCACAAGGACUAUAUAAUCACUCCGCCGGUGCAAAGGAUGACAAAUCAGACAGUGAUUAAUUCCGAAGACGAGAGGGAACGCAACGCAAUAAUUUCAUUAAAAUGACCAGCGGAUAAAAUAU